GGAAGGAAGGAAGGUCUGGGCUUUGCUCCCCCUCCCAUCCUCCUUUUCUGUCCUGCUGCUUCUGACAAGCCACAAAACAGUGAAGUUAGUAGAAAAAGCCUGUUGAAGAACAGCAGAAGAUGCUUUCAUUCUUCAGAUGCAAUGAACUGAGGAAAAACCAGCCAUUGUAAUGGUAAAUUGCGGAGGGACUGGGGGAGAGGGCCGAUCAUCAAUCAAAGACGAAGCACUAGGAGCUCAUUUAAAGAGUUUGCUCCCCAACAGAUUGAAAUGUCUUACUUUCUCUCUAUCUCCUUGGUCCUUUUCUUCCUUUCUUUGGCUUUUUUCCUGGUCCUGACGCCGUGAAGAAGGCCCAACUUGGGGCAAUGUUCACGGGAAGAGAUUUUGAGAGAGAAAGGUUUUGCAGAGGGGAGGUGAAACGCGUCGCGCUGAAAACAUCUCCUAAAGUUGGACUGGUUUGACUAAGGUGGCCGAAUGUUCUCCUGAAGAAUUCUCUGUGUAGCACCGUGGACUUCUGGUGGCCACCAGGGAAAUGGACUUGUCCUUCUUGGUGAUCCUUACGGCCUAUGAUCUGGCAGAGGGUGAGAUCAUUCAUCACGAAUGUGGAGGUUUUCCAUCUUCGAUGCUCUCGUUCCCAAACUCUACGGGCUACUGAGGGUGUGUUCAGAGGGCACUUGGAAAGACCAAGUUAUGAGGUUCAUGAUGUUGGACAGCGUAAACAGAAGUGUCAUUUCUUCUUCAGAAGCUAACUCAACCCAUAAGGGGAGAUACCUUUACUUGGAAGUAUUACUCCAUGGAGGAGCUCCGUGGGGAUUUACACUGAAAGGCGGACUGGAGCAUAAAGAACCAUUAAUCAUCUCCAAGAUUGAAAAAGGAGGGAAAGCAGAUUUAUUGAACGCCCGUCUGCAACCCGGAGAUGAAGUGAUCCUCAUCAAUGAAGUCUAUCUAAGCAGCUCCAGGCAGAAAGCUAUCUCCUUAGUGAAAGGAUCUUGGAAAACACUAAAGCUAGUUGUCCGGAG